GGCAAGAAUACUGGAGUGAGUUGCCAUGCCCUCCUCCAGGGCAUCAUCCCCACCCAGGGAUCUAACUAGGGUCUCCUGCAUUGCAGGUGGAUUCUUUACCACCUGAGCCACCCGGGAGGCCAGAUUUAUUUCUGGAGUGAGUGAGAGCUAAAACCAGAUCCAGGACUUCGCCAGGGGAAGUGGGGGUCGAGCAGGGAAGGUCAUUAAGAGAUGUGGGGUAGUGAGGGCUGAGGUUAGGGGUCUCACGAGCUGGGUCCCCAGGGUGUGGUUUGAACUUGGGGUGGUGUGAGGAGACCCUGUAGGCAGUGAGAGGUUGGCGGUUUGUCAAGGCUCCGUGGAGGACCGUGGGGGUGUGGGGAGGACGGGGAUGGUGCAAUGGGGCCAGUGGGGGGUGCAGUGUGAAACCACCACAGGUCACCCUGCAGAAGACAGCGACCCUGACCAGGGCAGCACUCCUGAGCAGAGAGCAGCAGGGAGACUCCUGUCUGGGGGAACAACCCUGAGGCUGCCUGGGGGCAGAGGGUGGGGUCACCAGGGAGGGCCGGGAAUUCCUGGGUUCCCUGGGCACUGAGAACCUUGGUCCCCGUCACAAUGGGCCAGGAUUCCAGGGACAAUCUGAACUGAGGUUCUGCGGGGCAGGCUCAGCACAGACGGCGGUUGGUGCAGAGGGGCCCUGGAGGACCCCUGGGGCCGCCAUGAAGAUCCACAACGAGGCGGAGAUGGAGGAGCAGAUCCAGGAGCUGAAGACCAUCACUCGGCUCCAGGACCAAUGUCGGGCGCUGCAGAUCCAGUCGGUAAAGGAGAAGACAGUCAAGAACAAAGCCACGCUGGCUCUCCUGCGCAGCAACAUCCGCCGCAAGUCCCAGGAGUGGGCUUUGGCCAAGAAGUACGACCAGUGGACCAUCUCCAGGGCCUGUGGGAAGGACGUGCCCCUGAGGCUGGCGAACAGCCGCUGCACCAUGGAGGUGGCGCGGGAGAAGCUGCGCAAGUAUGUUUUCGACCGCGUGAACGUGCACAACGUGCUGAUCCACUUGGUGCGGAGGCGCGGGCGGAAGCUGGAGAGUAUGCAGCUGGAGCUUGCCGGCCUGAAGAGCCAGCCGGACGCCACCAAGGAGGAGCUGCGCCUGCGGCAGGUCAUCCGUCAGCUGGAGAACAACAUAGAAAAGACGACGAUCAAGAUCACCACAAGCCAAAAUAUCCACUUCCUGUACAUGGAUCUGCUGGACCACCUGAAAAAGAAGCUGGCAGGAUACCCUACAGAGUUGGACAAGCUGCAGAAUCUCGUGGCCAACUAUUGCAUGGAGCUGUCAGACAUGACAGUCAUGUCCAAGGAUGCCAUGAUGAUUACAGAUGAGGUCAAGAUGAACAUGAGUCAAGGGGAGGCCACCUUCAUCGAGGAGCGCCGGGCACGAGAGAACCGGCUGAACCAGCAGAAGAAGCUGAUCGACAAGAUCCACACCAAGGAGACCAGCGAGAAGUACCGCCGGGGCCGGCAGGACUUGGACUUCCCCUCCAACCUGAUGGGUCCAGAAACUCUGAAAGUGAGGAAGAGAGAGGCCUCCAAGGCUGACGUCGAAUACCAGACGAACGUGACUGCUCUGGUGGAGAAGGUCAAGACUGCUGUGCAGUGCUCCCACCUCUGGGACAUUGCUGGCCGGUUCCUGGCUCAGAAGAGCACGGAGGAGGACCUGGAGCUGCAGAUGGAGGACUGUGAGGAGAGGCGGGCGCAGCUGGAGGCCUUGAUGAAGAAGCUGGAGAUAGAGGAGGCCAUGCUCAAGUUCCACCAGACGCCCAGCUCCGUCAGCUUUAAGUCUGUUGAGAAGAAAAUGAAAGAUAUGCUGAAGGAGGAGGAAGACCGGCUGCAGCUGGCUCACAGCAACAUGACCAAGAGUCAGAAGCUACUGCUGACCAUCCAGACUGGCAUCGACAACCUCUACAUCCGCCUGAUGGGCAUCCCCCUGCCCACGGGCCAGAAGGAAGCAGCGCCCUCGACCACCCUGGACACGUACAGCAAGCUGGCGUACUGCGAAGGGAGGCUGCUGUACCUGGCUGACCGAGUGCAGAUCCUGGCCGGGACGGAGGAGGUCAACACCAAGGUGAGGGAUGCUCUGGAGUCCUCCACCCUGAAGGAGAAGCAGAACACCAGGAUCAGCUUUGAGGAGAUGGAGGAGGAUGUCAUAGAAACCUUCCAGUUCGCCGACGUGGACCACAGUUAUGUGCCCUCGCGGGCCGAGAUCAAGAGGCAGGGUCAGCGGCUGAUCGAGGAGAAGCUCAAGGUGGCCAAGAAGAAGAAGAAGUGACUGGAGGAGGAGGAGGCCGCCCUGCCCCACACCCCGCCCCCACGCUUGCAUUGGUUACACAAAUAAACAUUUUUCCAGGA